AUGGCUGUUCGCGAUAGUCUCGGCCCUGUGAUGGCCGCCUUCAUUGGCAUCGACGGCUUCGUCGUCCUCGCCCGUCUCGCUGUCCGAACCAAACUCACAACCCUCGGAUACGACGACUAUGUCAUCGCAGUAGCAAUGGUAGCAUUUACUCUCAUGUGCGCCUUCACAUUCGUUUCUCUCAACUUCGGCUUCGGCAUAACAGACCCCGAGGUCAUCGCCGGUAUGGCCAACUACAACCUCAUGGAGUCGCAACGAUACUUCACUGUCGCGCAAAUAACAUACGUCGCUGGCUUUCCCAUUGUACGUAUCAGUGUUGCACUGGUUCUGUAUCGUCUUGUGCAGGGCUGGCCUCGCACUCAAAAGCUUCUCCUGGGGACCAUGGUUUUCAUCUUCAUUUAUGCACUAGGAUGUCUCUUAGUAGAUGUCUUCCAGUGUAUCCCUCUGAAAGCUGUUUGGGGUGAUGGCGCUGGCAAGUGUCUUACCUCUAAGCAGUUGGCGGGCUUGGGCUUCGCUGUGGCUUCCUUGGAUAUUGCAUCUGCGCUGUUCUAUGCUGUCCUGCCUGUGUUCCUCCUCAAAGGACUGCAGAUGGGCACCAGGACCAAGGUUGCGACUAUAAUACUGCUUGGACUUGGUGCUUCAACGGUAAUCAUCAGUAUCAUCCGUAUGAAGAGUCUUGUUCAGAUCGUCAACGCCAAGAGUAUUCCCGAGGCAUUGGACUACCAGCUUGAGUCAUUCAUUUACUCCGUUCUCGAGUUUGGUCUUUCUAUCUUGACUGCCUCACUGGUCGCCUUCCGUCCUCUCAUUAAAUUCCUGCCCUUUGGCAGUUUCGGUCGCAGCUCCGGUCCCAAGGCUCACUCCGGCGGUGACAGCAGCGGCCCUGGUAUCAGCGGCAGAAACGACUUUGAAAUGGGUCGCCGGAAAUACGUCAACAUGCCCGACCCAGCCCGCAUUGACUCAGACGACGGUGAUAGCCAGCGUGAGAUCCUACAUGACACGGAUCAUCCCAGUGAUUGGAAACACUCUGGCGCUGUUACAUCUACUACCACGCUUAAAUAA